GGCUCGGCGCGUCACUCCGAGUCGUUCUUAUGCGAGGGUAACAUCGGCAGUGUGGAUAUAUACGGUACGGGAAAGGCAGAGAGAGAGAGAGAGAGAGAGAGAGAGAGAGAGAGAGAGAGAGAGAGAGAGAGAGAGAGAGAGAGAGAGAGAGAGAGAGAAAGAAAAGAGCACGUAUAGACGUGUGGAAGACGUGUAUACGAAAAGUUGGUCUUGUUCUGGCAAAGUUGUGCAAAGAUCAACGGGGUGCGAUGACGGGGUUCACGGAGAGCGCAUUGGUGAAACGGUUGACGGAUCUAAACACGUCGCAGCAGAGUAUUCAGACCUUGUCGCUCUGGCUCAUUCAUCAUAGAAAACAUCACCCCACGAUCGUGAAGGUGUGGUUCAGGGAGAUGUGCAAAGCAAAGGAACAUCGAAAGUUGAUGUUUAUGUAUCUGGCAAAUGACGUCAUCCAGAACAGUAAAAAAAAGGGACCAGAAUUUGGAAAAGAAUUCGGAACAGUUCUGCCAAAAGCCUUUGAGCAUUUGAAAGGUUUUGAUGAUAAAACAAGGCGACAAUUGAGUAGGUUAUUGCAUAUCUGGGAGGACCGAGGAGUUUACGACAAGACUCAAAUAGCAGAAUUAAAAGCGGCUUUCACAGAUUUAAUAAAGGACUCAGGAACACCGCCACCACGGAAGAGAGCAAGGCUCGACACCGAGAAGAUAAAGAAGGAGAGAAAAGAGAGGAAGAAGUCUGAGACUGAAGUGGAAGUAGAUGGUACCAAAGAGCUUCACGUAACGUUGAGUCCCCGUACACCGGCUGGCGAUCCACCGGAAACUGAGGAGCUCAUAAAAGCCCUAAUGGAUCUGGAAAAUACCGCGUCGUCGGACGCUGGCGUUAGGGAGCGUAUCGCGUCCUUGCCACCGGAAGUAUCGGAGGUUUCGUUGCUCGCAAAUCUCGCCGACCGAGCGGCCGCGGAUCAAUUGAGCGUCGCGGUGAACGAAGCUGCCGCUCUUCUUGCAGACUACAAUGGACGAUUGCAGGCCGAGAUGGAGGACAGGAGAAGACUGUUAACGAUGCUCCGAGAUUAUACCUUGGCACAGAGACAGCUGCUGCAGCAGGCACAAAGCACUUUAGAGGACUAUAAGGAAAAACUAAAGAAAGUGUGUGCGGUGCGAACGGAGGUGAAGUCUCACAUUUCAAAUCUUCCUGACUUGACGCAGUUGCCGGACGUCACGGGCGGUCUAGCGCCUCUUCCCUCCGCUGGAGAUUUGUUUUCCAUGCACUAGUGUAAGCUUGCUUUCGUGCGCGACAGUUGCGUUUAUAGUUUUUAUCGCUUUAAUGUCGCGGAUAGAAAAGGACAUACAAAUCGUGGAAAAGUAGGCCUUCCUCUUUUCUUUUUACAUCAAUGAAAGGAGAGUCAUCCACGAUAACUUCGAAAAUAAAGGUUUGAUAAAAAUUCGAAUAGUACGAAUUUGAUAAAUUUAUUGAAUUGGAGGUAAUAACCGUGUAAAGUAUGAGUACAGUAUGAGAGAGAGAGAAAUUUUGAGGGGUGAGACGAGUCAUUGUGACUAAAUUGACAAUGAUUACUGAUAUGCGAACGAUGAAUAUACAAUCGCGCUAAUUGCUCGUGUAACGUAAUUCUCGGUAUUGUACUUUACAUGAUAUCUUCAAAAUACUUUCUCCGCAAGAAAGUAUACCGAAUAGAUCAACGAGAGAAUUCGCUCUUCCGAGAUAAAGAGUGUGAGGAUGGAAUUCCAAGUGAUUUGACAUGAGAAGCGUCAAAAAGAAAAAGAAAAAAUAAUGUUCCUGCGACACGACGAAUCAAGAGACUUGGAAUACUGCUCGAAAUAUAAAACUCAUUCAAUCCACCCACACACAUACACACACACAUGCGCACACAAUCACUAAUUUUAUAAAAAUUAUUUUGUACUAAUCAAUAUAAACGGAUCUAGCUCGCGGAUCGGUCGGAUGUUAUAUACAAUACCCAAAACAACUUGGCUAUGUAUUAUCGAAUGAUGCUUAGUUAAAUAGAACUACAAGGAAGCAAAAUAAUAUUACACUUAUUUAAAUACGUUAUUUUAAGUAUGUUUAUUGAGGGCAAAAAUUUGACAUUGACAAUAUUUCAGUGAUUUAUGCUGAAUGUUGCCUUCAUUUAAAGAAAUGAUCAUUUAAUGAUCGUUUUGAGCAUUGUAUAAUAUGAUUACACAUACACAAUUAAGUCAUUCCAAAUAUUACAUAU